AUGUCCGUCUAUUCCGAAGAAGUGCUCAUUUCAAAACUGAACAAACUUGCCGACACACAAGACUCGAUAUCAUUACUGUCUCAUUGGCUGAUCUACCACAGACGUCACGUCCAUACAAGCGUAGAUAUAUGGAAUCGUGAACUACGCAAAGCCUCGGCUAAGCGCAAGCUACUUUUCAUUUACCUUUGCAACGACGUCUGUCAGAACAGUCGUCGCAAAGGUCCAGAAUUUAUCGAGGCGUUUCGCAAUGUGGUUCCCGAAGCAAUUGAGCACGCGUUUCGUCGUGCAACUAGUGACAUGCAGACAAGAAUUAGGCGUGUGAUCAAUGUUUGGGAGGAGAGACAGGUAUUUGAGAAGGAAUUGAUAUAUGAGAUAAAAGGACGGCUAUCUUCACAGCGGCAAGCUCAAAUACCCGAUAAUGCCCUAUCAAGACAUACGAACACUUCCCCUUCGUCUGCUGCUGUGUCAGAGAACGAUAACUUUCAUGAAAGUGUCAAUAUUUUAUAUUCUGAUCUUCCUCCAAAUUAUACUGUUAUGCUUAGAACUGCUCAAAUGGUUACUAAAUCGCGUGAAAAUAUAUCUUCCAACGAGACGGAUCUCUUGAAGAAAUGGUCAGAUGCCGUUGCGGAAGAAAAAGCGGAAUCCGACGUCUUUUCAAGACAAAUCGAUGACCUUUUUGCUCUUUUGCAGUCACAGCGAGACUCCGUUACGAAAAACAUAAGCGGUCGUCGAGAAUUAAUCGGGUUACUUAAUGGGUUGGUUAAGGAUGAAGAAGCCAAAUUGGAGCAGGACGAGAAAAGUCUCAUUAAAUGGCAAGAUAAUAUUGAGCAACUCAAAGAAUGGCAGGAACGGCUAAGAGGGGGAACAAUAGUAACACAAAGCAUAACUGGAAAUGACGAGAGCUAUAAAACUGGCAUAUCAGACGAUAGUAGAUAUGAUUAUGAAGAAAGCAGAGUAUAG